AUGUCUUCCCCAAGGUCCCGUGCCCCAUCCUCUUCGGCCUCAAUUCCUCCUGAUUACAUCACUGGGAGCGGGAUUGAUGCCCACGCGAUAGAAGUUAGGAGCAAACUUCAUCCUUUCGCCCAAAAGAAUCUGGAUGAGAACGUUCUUCACUUGUUUGAGAAUACCCUGGUGCUGGGGCCUCACUGGUUUGGCCCUGUUCCGACUGAGGUGGCAGAACUGCUAAGAAAAGAUGCUGAGGCCCCUUUGUGUUUUGAGAGCACUUCUGCCCUAGCUUCUCAUUCUUGGGUUAGUAAGCAUUUGAGCCGAUCCUUCCCAUCCAGCGAGGUGAGGAACAGUCCAGUCAAAUGGGCAGACUGGAUUGACAGACUUCUCCCGAGAUAUGGGGGUCACUGGAGGAGAGCUGGGAUCUAUGAUGCCAUUCUUCUGUCCAAGCAAUCGAUCAACAGGGAUGAGAACCUGCUUGCUGCUGCUUUGUGCUUCUGGAAUUCUGCCAGUAACACAUUUGAUUUCCGUGUGGGUCCCAUGGCUCCUACUUUGCUGGAUAUGGCUCAGAUUUUUGGGUUUAGGCCCCAUGGCAGACCUGUUGAUGCUGUUGGAGAUUAUCACAGGCGAAAGAAUCAGGAGAAAGUGGCUAUUCCUUUUACUAUCUCUCCAGCCACGAUCAACCAGAACUGCUCCUUUUCCAAUUAUUUGAAGAGGUUCAGUACUGAGAAGGACAAGGACCAGCAACAUAUGUUGUUCCUUCUGUAUUGGCUGAACCGUUUUGUCUUCCCCAAUCGGUCUUCAGCAGUUCUGCUUGAGUACAGGCAUCUGGCAGAAGCGCUUCAUAAUCACACUGAUGUGGGGCUUGGGCCAACAGUUCUGGCUCAUCUUUUCAAGAAUCUAUAUACUGCCACCCUUGAGAAUCCAUUGAACCUGUCUGCUCCUGGUGCAUUCUGGAUGAUCCAGAUCUGGCUGCAGGUAUAUUUCCCUGAGUUAAGAUUUCCAGACAUAGUUCUGCCUGAAGACCAAGUUCUGGCCCUUCCCUUGAUAUCGGCAGAAGUGCCCAAGCGCUCUCUUGAGGAAUAUUUGAUGUUCUUCAGGCAUUGCACCAAGAGGUCGGCUGCUCAGUGGCAAGUGGUGAUCAGAAGGACCUAUCCUUGGUUCCAGGCUGGAUUUCGGCUUUUCGAGAAGGAGCCAGAAGACGAGGCUGCCAGAACAGACUUCAGGAAGAAAUUUCUGAGUAUCACUCUGCCCAGAGAUCUGCCCCAUGGUGGGGGCAAACCUCCAAAUUAUCAUCUGGGGGCAGAAGUCUACCAUCCCAACUUCUGUGCAAGGCAGCUUGGCUGCCCUCAGCUUAUUCCGCUGAAAUCAUACCGGAGCUGUAACCGGGCCUCUUCCUGGAGAGAUGCAGAUGAUCUGGAGGUGCACAAGGAUGCUCGAUUUCAAAAUCUGCCUGCCUCUGUCACUGCCCUGAAGGUGCUCUUUGAUGGCUGGGAGAACUGGCUAGUUUUUGCGGAUGGGGAGGCUAGGGCGCAUAUGAUCCAGACCAUCAAGGAUAUCAACGCACAGACUAUAGAAGUCUCUUCCGUCAUUGCCGCCGGGGAUUUGGAGCUCCCUUCCGCUGAUGAGGAGGAUGAUAUUGGGGCAGAGCAGACCCCUGUCGAGGCUGUUCCUUCUGGUAGAAAGAAGAGGAAAGGGGCUGGUAUUCCUGCUGGGAGUCCUUCUCCUCCUCCUACUAAGCUAAAAAAGCUUAAGAAGAAGGGUGAAGUGGAGUACUUUGCCGCAGAAGAGGCCGCAGCAAUCCCGGUCAGUCCUUCUGGGACGGAUGACGAGCUGCGAGAAGCUUUUGAGGAGGUGGAGCAGGAAAAAGAGCUGCAGGAGCUGGAGGAGGUGUCCCAAAAGAAGGUGGCUGGGGCGGAAGAUGAUGAUGAGAUUCCUGCUGAGGUGAUAGCGGAAAGCAUUGCCUUGGCGCAGAAGCAACAAAAAGGCCCGAGUGCUGAGCUGACUAGCUCAGAACUGGCUCUUUUUGAGGAUGCUGAGGCAGAACAUUCUACUGCCGUUCCAGAGGCCGAGGAUCGGAUGGAGCCAUCUGCAUCAGACCCCGUGGAUCAGGCAGAAUUAACCGUUGUGGUCCCGGAGGCUGAGGUGGGGACAACUGCAGCUGUUCCUGUGGUUGUGGUGGAAGUGCCUAAAGCCACUGGUGCCCUGGCCGCGGUGUCCAGCCCCCUGAAGCCUCCCAUUGUUGCU